UAAUGAUGGAAAAAGAAUUUCUUGUAAAGUGUAAUGAAAGUCAGAAAAUUAUAUCUGUCAAAGCAACUGAUGACCUAGUGAGUGUAAUAAAGAACACUUUUGUCAUAAAAGAGGCAGAUGUCAUUUUGCAAAAUUACGACAAAGAAUGGGACGAUUGGAUAGAUGUUUCUGAUUUUGACAAAAUCCCCAACAGAACAGUUUUACGAUGCAUAUCAUUAAAACCAAGUUCUGAUCAAGUUUCGGCUGCUCCUUCCUUGUCGCAGAGUACUGAAGAGAGUGCAGUUGAUUCCGAUGCAACAGAAAUAUUAGAAUCAGAUUUAUCCACUGACUCGGAAGAAAUGCUUGAUGUACCAAAUGGUUACCUUAAAGGAAAAUGGCCGAAUAAGUUUCCUAUUGAUGAGAUGAAAUUCUCUCAAAGUUUGAAGGAGGCCCUCAAAAAUAAAGUAUGUCUUAUGUGGAACCAGAAAAGAGAGUUACUAGAUGUCAUUGCUAAAGAAAUACAAAAAUACACAGAUAGCCCUAGUAAAAUACAACGGCACCAGAUUGCUCUAGAGCUCAUUUCAAAAUAUCCACAUCUUAGAGAAACAUUAGGGAGUGGCACUGAUGGUUGGCAGGAGAGAAUCAAAGAUAAGAUGAAGAACAUACGGAGAAACAAAAGAAAUAACAGUACCACCACUGGUUGUAGACGAAAAAGAUUUUCCCCGCCAGCAUUAGCAACCAUGAAUAAGAAAGCCAAGAGAGGAGAAGUAAACUGGAGCCCAGACAUACCAGAUGAAGAGGACGAUGAAAGUCUUAAUGAGCAUUUGGAAAAAAUGUCAAAGGAAUUUAAAAAAGCUACUCCCAACAUAGAUGUAAUAAGACAACGAAUGAAAAUAACAUACGCUCAGAGAAGAAAAUUCAUUAACACCAAUCCUCUUAUUUUUGACAUCAAAGAGAAAUACCCUGCACUCUUCACAGUUAGUGAAAUUGGCCAUGAAUUUAAGAGAUUGACAGACACUGAACUCCAUAAGACCUUCAUGGACUCUUUGGAAAAAGCUGCAAGUAACAUCUUAUCAAUAGCCAAAUCUUCUAAACGAGCCUCACAAUCAUCCUUGAAAUAUAUGCACACAGCGGACAAAAAAGUUGCUGCACUUAUGCUGCUGCCACACCUACUGGGUAAUCAAGACCACCACUUUAUUGAAGUGUUUGAGAGAGAAACUACGAGAGAUUACAUUACGGACAAACCAAAGAGCGGAGCUGACCCAUUUGUUGCGAUUGUCGGAGAUGUUGACGAUCCAAAAUGCUGUUACAUUGUUGCGGAAAAGGUCAUUGUUUUGGACACUCCAAGUGUAAUCACUGCCGCUAGCACUUUAUUUGGAUUUUUUUUUGUCUGCAAUAUCGAAUACCCAAAGAGCUUCUCUGAAACAUUUAUUUUCAUUCAAAAAUGUUUUAUGCAAUUAUGUGAUAAAUCAAAAACUCCCCGAAAAGUAGUAACGUUUGUAGAGAAAUUAAAAAUGUAAAACCUGAAGUGUAGCUGAAUUGAUCAUUGAUCAAUAAAAUUAUACAAGAAAAAGUGAAUCCAAAAUUGUUGAACAUUAUGUGCAUUGAUUUAUAAGCAAGCACAGACUAGCUUUUAAUUGUUAAUAAGCUGAUUUAUAGCUUAGACCUUGAAAAUUUGAUAAAUGAGGUUUUGAUUACAUUUUUGUAAAAGAAUAUUUGUUUAAUAAUUAUUGGCCAGUUGAGAAUUUACUGAUACUGUACUGUUGUUGGCAAUAAAGUUAUAAACCUAAGAUGUAUUGCUUAAAAAAUUAAUAGCAAUAAAGGAUCAAAGUAAAUCCAAAAUUUAAAAAGUGAAUCCAAAUUUUUUGAACGUUAUGUGCAUUGAUUUAUAAGCAAGUGCACGCUAGCUUUUAAUUGUUAAAUAAGCUGAUUUAGCUUAGACCUUGAAAAUUUGAUAAAUGAGGUUUUGAUUACAUUUUCGGAAAAGAAUUUUUGUUUAAUAAUUAUUGACCAGUUGAGAAUUUACUGAUACUGUACUGUUGUUGGCAUCAAAGUUAUGAACCUAAGAUGUAUUGCUUAAAAAAUUAAUAGCAUCAAAGGAUCAAAGUAAAUCAUCUGUGAAAUUCAAUUUGGAUAUGAUGUGUCACACCUUCCAUUACUAGGCGAAUUAUGCCAAUUGUUUGUUAUUGAUUAUUUGAAGUUUAAGGUAUU